AUGGAAUUAUCAAAUCCCGAUAAGCAGGAGCCUAUCGCCAUUGUUGGAGUGGGAUUUCGCUUUGCUGGCGGGGUGUCGUCCCUGGGCUCACUAUGGGAUAUGAUCAGCAAUGUCAAGACCGGUCAUGGUCCAGUCCCCAAUGAUAGAUGGAACAGCGAGGUGUGGCACCAUCCUGAUCCAGACCGCAAAGGAGGAAUCGGUCCACAGCAUGGAUACUUCCUUGACCAAGACAUCAGCCACUUUGACGCCCCCUUCUUUUCGGUAACAGCGAAGGAGGCUGCCUCCAUGGACCCGAUGAAGAGGAUGCUACUGGAAGUGUGCUACGAAAGCAUUGAAAAUGCUGGCAUCCCAGUCGAGGAUUUGAUGAACAGCCGUACGGGAUGCUACGUCGGUUGCAUGACAAACGACUACGAAAUGAUCUCCUUGCACGAUAUUUACGACAUCGGACAUCCCGCAGCAACGGGUCUAAGCGAAGCCAUGACCGCCAAUCGCGUGUCAUGGUUCUUUGGCCUCAAAGGCCCCAGUUUGACGCUUGAUACCGCUUGCAGCUCCUCACUAUACGCUCUUCACCUUGCAUGUCAGUCACUUCGGCUGAAAGAAACGAAUAUGUCUCUCGUCACUGGAGUCAACCUUAUGAUUAACCCCAACACCUCACACCAGCUGACUGCCAUGCACAUGCUCAGCCCCGAUGGUAUCUCUCACACAUUCGAUGACCGUGCCAAUGGCUAUGGUCGUGGCGAUGGCAUUGGGGCCAUGGUUGUCAAGCGUCUGUCGGAUGCCAUUCGCGACGGCGACACCAUCCGCGCCGUCAUCCGCGGUUCGGGUGUCAACGCUGAUGGCAAAACACCCAGUGUUACGCAGCCAAGCGCUUUAGCACAAGCCGACCUGAUAAAUCAGACUUACGACGAUGCAGGUUUGGACCUUUCAGAAACAGCCUACUUUGAAUGCCACGGCACAGGGACGCCGAUUGGCGACCCUCUUGAAUUGACCGCCAUCGCCCAGACCCUCGGUGCGGCAAGACGUGCAGCCGGAAAGCCUCCUCUUCAUGUUGGCAGUAUCAAGCCUACUGUGGGCCACACAGAGGGAUGUGCCGGUCUUGCCGGCGUUUUCAAGUCUAUCCUGCUCCUUGAAAAAGGAAUGUUGGUCCCCACAUACGGCGUGGAACGGGUGAACCCGAAACUCAAAUUGAGCGACUGGCAUCUUACUCUUCCGCAGGAUGUCAUGACAUGGCCGGCGCAAGGACUGCGUCGCAUUAGCGUCAACUCCUUCGGGUUUGGCGGUGCCAACGCUCACGUAAUCCUAGACGAUGCCUAUCACUACUUCCAAGACAGGGGUCUGACUGGGAAGCAUAAUGUGGACAUACAUACGUCGGGUUCAGAUUCUGGUAUCUCGACUACACAAUCAAGCGAGCUCGGCCAUGGCGCAUCGAAGAAGUUGUUCCUCUUCAGCGGCAAGGACCAGGCCGGAGCCCAGCGUGUGUCUGAAGGGUUCGCCACAUGGCUGCAAGGUGACGAUUCAGACGACAACCACGACAUAGCCAGCUUGGACAAUCUUGCAAACACACUUGCACUGCGCCGCUCUCAUAUGGAGCACAGAACCUUUGCUGUUGCCAGUUCGAUACCAGAGCUCUCAAAGAGACUAUCAAAAGGAUUACCAGCAGCCACUCGAUCGCAACGUUCUGGCGACAACCUUGUCAUGGUAUUCACUGGUCAAGGUGCCCAGUGGCCAGCUAUGGGACGAGAACUAUUCGAGCAUCCCAUCUUGCGCCAAAGCAUUGAAACUUCGCAGACUUAUCUCGAGGCUUUCGGCUGCAUGUGGAAUGCCCUAGAAGAGUUGAGCAAGACGCCCAACCCCAACGUCAACCUUCCGGAGUACAGCCAGCCUCUCUGCACGGUAAUUCAGGUCGCACUGGUCGACCUUCUUCAUUUCUGGAAGAUAACUCCAGCAGCCACCGUGGGACACUCAAGUGGUGAGAUUGCCGCCGCCUAUGCAGCAUCGCUCCUGACACACCGAGACGCCAUAAAGCUGGCCUACGUCCGAGGUAUCAGCUCUGCCGCCGUCCCUAAAAAAGGUGCAAUGAUGGCUGUGGGUCUUUCUCAGUACGAUGCCCUGAUGUACCUUGAGAAGGUCGCUCCCGGAUCUGUGGUGGUGGCCUGCGUCAAUAGUCCCUCCAGUGUGACACUCUCGGGAGAUGUCGACGCCAUAGACCAGCUGGAAACCAUUAUUUCCGCCGACGGGAAAUUUGCCCGCAAGCUCAAGGUCACUACCGCGUACCACUCUCCACACAUGCGCGAUGUCUCGCCAAGCUAUCUUGCGAUGAUUGGCGAUAUCACGCCCAAGCAGCCAGAUGAGACAACAAACAGCAACAACAGGCCAGUCAUGUAUUCCUCUCUUACAGGGUCUAUGGUAACCUCCGCCGAGCAACUGAACGCCCAAUAUUGGGUCGGCAAUAUGCAAAAUCCCGUGCAAUUUUCACAAGCCGUCUUAGCGUUGCUGAAGCACAAGAAAUUGGUCCCAGGCGGUACCCGCCCCGUAGCGGUGCAAUGGGGAGCUUUCCUCGAGGUCGGUCCUCACGCUGCCCUGCAAGGACCGUUGCGUCAGAUCAUCGACGUGGCCAACAACAAAUUCGCCAAGUCCGCACCUUACGCUUCCAUGCUUCUUCGCGGCAAAGACGCAACGGAGACGUCCUUGAACGCCGCCGGGACACUAUGGGCUGCAGGCACCAAGGUUGACUUGGCCGCAGUGAACAACCAGCACCAGCACUCAGACACUUCUCAGAUGCUUUGCGACCUGCCCACGUAUCCCUGGAAUCACACACGAAGCUUCUGGCACGAAUCGUACUCAUCACACGCUUACCGCUUUCCUUCCGAGGUGCGCAAUGACUUUCUCGGCAUGGCGGAAUAUUCAUGGAGUACCCACGAGCCCCAAUGGAGAAACUACCUGCGCAUCGCCGAGAACCCCUGGAUUGAGGACCACGUAAUAACGGGAACCGUGCUCUAUCCGGGAGCCGGCAUGCUUGUCAUGGCAUUGGAGGGCGUGCUGCGCACCGCCGACUCCUCGAAGACGGUGGAGGGUUUCCGGAUGACGGAUGUCACGUUCGAGCGUGCCCUGGUCAUCUCGCUAGAUGACGAGGUGCCUGUGGAGACGCGCAUUAGCUUGCAUCCGCACAGCGGCAGACCCGACUGGUGGGUCUUCACCGUCUACUCUAUGACCAAGGGCUCGUCGUGGGCAAAACAUUGUGCUGGAACCAUCGCUGUCGUGUACGAGAAGGGGCCGAGCGAGGUGGAAGAGGGCAAUGUGGAUGCCUCGUGGCAGAAACAGGUGGCUUUACGCGAGACCCUGCUCUCUGAGCCUGAUUCCUCAUCUGUGAAUGUGGAUGAAUUUUACAACGAUUUGGAGACUAUCGGGAUGCAAUACGGCCCAUCAUUCCGUAAUGUCGUUUCUCUCACGGCAGUGCCAUCGAAAGACGCCUCCUACGGUACUGUGGCUGUUCCAGAUACCAAGUCGACAAUGCCCAGCCAUCACGAGUCCUCCCAUAUCAUCCAUCCAGCUACCCUGGACUCUAUCUUUCACCUGGUGAUUGCUUCCCUCGAUGCCGGCCGCCCAAAACAGUCCGCGGUGCCUUAUGCCAUCGAAGACCUGUACAUCGCCCGCGAUCAGCCACAGGGAUCCGGAGCGCUCUACUCUGGCUAUGGUCGCUUACUGUCCCAGACCGGUCAUGAGAUGACCACUGAACUGUUUGUUUCCGAUCAGGACUGGGCAAAGCCGAAGCUUACCAUCAAAAACUUUGCCCUGCGUCAGGUUACGUCCGAUGCUGGCUUGGAGACAGCGGGUACAUCAUUAUCUUCCGGGGCCGCCGUCAAGAACUGCGCUGGGAUCACCUGGAUUCCGGAUCUCUCCUUCGUGACGAGCAACGAGGAUCUUGCGGAGCUUGUAUUAUCAUCCGAGAAGAAGGCCCUGUCGGUUGACACCUUUCUCGAUUCGGUGUUCCUCAAAAAGUCGGACAACACAGUACUUAUCGCCUUGUUUGACGAGGCCCCUUCCAACAUUGAUGUCCUCUUGGACCUGAAGAACCGAGCGUAUGUGCCCAAGAAGAUCAUCGCCCUGGCCACAUCGGAGCCUGGGUUGCAACUUAUGCGAGCUGCGUUUGGAGAAGAUGCUGAGAACACGACCAUCCUCUACAAAUGGAUGCCGGAGGGCGAACUACUUGAGACGCUGGCCCCAGACGCCAUUGAUCUCGUCCUCGGCUUGGGAGUUCCCGAAGUUGCUAAGAACGCCGCCGUGCUCGCAAAGCUGGCUCCACUGGUGUGUCUCACCCAAGCUGGUCAGCUACACGAAGACUUCGUCGUGCCCGGGUCGUGCGUUGCCCGCGUCGCCCGGGAGAAGACCUACGUACUGUCCUCGAAAAACAAUGGCUCUCUCUCCACCUUGCCUGAGCUGCCGGAGUCAGUGGUGCUUCUCUUGCCUGCAUCUCUGUCCGAUGCCGGGGAGAUAUUCGCAGCCACGAUUCAGGAUAAGCUUACAGGCCUCGGCGUGUCCGUCGGACGAACAAAUCUGACGUUGCAGGGUGCCGCUUCCCUCGACGGGAAGUCCGUCAUUUCCCUCCUCGAGAUUGACAGCCCACUAGUGUAUGCCUGGGACGAAGACCAGUUUAACGCCUUCAAGAAGCUCGUCUCCACAGUUGGUCACCUCUUCUGGAUUACCCACGGGAGUGUGCUCGAGAGUUGGUCGAACGGUGUGGAAUUCGCCACGAGCCAGGGCUUGUUACGAGUGAUGCGUAACGAGUACCCCGCCGCCAUACUGCCGUCUCUCGAUCUAUCCACGGUUGCGGAUAUCUCCAGUGCGCAAUACGCAGAUCUGGUUACCAACGUUUGGCGAACGAGUCUGGUCGAGGCUGCGGAGAUGGAAUAUGCUGAGCGCAACCGCUUGAUCUACGUCGCUCGUGCCACAGAAGAUGCUGGCUUCGACAACGAACUCCAGAUGGCGGGCAACAACGCUAAGCCCAUCUGGUCUGCUCUGGGUGCUCCUGGUAAGCCGCUCAAGGCGAGCGAGUCUGCCAACGACGUUCAUGGAUAUAUCUGGAUUACUGAUGAAGAGGCCGACUCAGCCCCUGAAGAUGGUCAAGUUGAAGUCAAAGUUGAGUACGCUGGACUUGGACAGGGCCAAACGCUAGCUUCUGUUCACCACGGUGUUGGCAUCGUCACCCGUCUAUCUGACUCGGUCAAGUCACUAGAGCUCGGUCAACAGGCCAUUGUUUUCUCUCACGCUUCUGCAAGAACCCAUGUCCGUCAAAGCGAAGCCCUGGUGGCACCGCUACCGGUUGGCCUUCAACCACAGGAAGCUGUGGCUCUUGUGGAGCCGUUGAUAACUGCACAGUACGCGCUAGUGGAGAGGGCUCAUCUGAGUCGCGACCAGGCACUGCUGCUCGACCACGCCGCUAGCCCAGUCGGACAGAGCCUGAUACAGGUGGCCAAGGCAAUUGGUACCGAAAUCUUCGCUCUCGUCCACAGCAGAGCAGAGCGAGAUAUUCUGGCUGAUCGGUACGGAGUCCCUACGGACCACAUCUUCGACUCGGCUUUGGACAAUUUCGUGCCACUCAUCCAAGAGGCGACCAAGAACCGUGGGAUCGAUGUUGUUGUCAGCCAACAAAGUGGCCCGCAUGUUGCUGGAGCCAUGUUGAUUUUGAACGACUUUGGCCAGUUUGUCGACAUCAACGGCGAGAGUUCCCGAGUGGACAUUCCGGCCUCGAAAUCCAACAUAACCUUCAUUUGCAUCGAUGUAGCCGCACUCAUCAGAGGCAGACCAGACAUCGUCUGCAGGCUCUUCAAGCAGGCCUUUAUCGAGUACAUUCUCCAGGGGCCUUUCCCGCUGACCGUGCUGCCUGUUACGAAUCUUUCGGCCUCGGGGAGCAGCAUCCAGAACGAGCAGGUCGUCGUGUCCUUGAGCGAUACCAUGCCGGUACUCAUGCCUGCCCCUCGACCAGAGGAGUUGAAGCUCGAUAGCGAAGCUACAUAUGUACUGGCCGGGGGUUUAGGUGCUCUCGGCUUGGACAUUGCCAACUGGAUGGUUGAAUGCGGUGCCAAGAACCUGGUCUUCCUAUCCCGAUCAGGUGGUUCAAAGCAUGCAAAGGCUCUGCAGAAGCUUGCCGACCGCUCUGUACGAGCCGAAGCGUUCGCGUGCAACGUCAAUGAUGCUGUCAGUGUCGCCACGGUAUUUGACAGCCUCAAAUCCAGCGGCAGAAGAGUUGGCGGAGUGAUCCAACUAGCUAUGGUAUUGGAAGAUGGCAUUUUCGACAACAUGUCCUUCGAGCAAUGGAGUCGCGCGAUUGAACCCAAGACAAAGGGCUCACGAAACCUCCUGGCCAACCUCUGGCCUGGUGACAAGCCGUUCUUCAUCCUGCUCUCCUCAAUCACUGGUGUCAUUGGCAACACGGCGCAAGCCAACUACGCAUCUGGAAAUACCUUUGAGGAUGCGUUAGCCCAUCAUGCGCGUAACCAUCUCGGCAUCAAUGCCACUAGCAUCGACGUCGGCUUGGUCUCCGACUCCGCGCACUUUACCACAGCAGGCGAGUUCGGCGACCUCGCUGGCUAUCUGUCCAGAUACCAGCACGGCUGGCGUGGCCUACAGACGAACCUUCAAGAGCUCGGCGUCGUAAUGCGAGCGAUCAUGCGCGGCUCCACCACCAACGGACAGGGAGUGCCCGCCCAAGUGGUCCUGGGCCUAGGCGACCGCAUCGAGCAUAACGAGAGCACCGGGGGCUUCUCCUGGGACAAGAAAUUCGCGCUCCGUAUCGUCAAAGCCGGAAACCAAGCCGGGAACGGCGAGGCGAAGGAAAAGGUAGGCGUCCUCUUGGCCAAUGCUACGAGUAUGGCAGACGCUGCAGCGGUUGUGGAGGAAAACAUCAAGGAGCUGGUCGCCAAGGCCAUGGGUGUCCCUUUGGAAGAAGUAGAUGCUCAAAAACCUCUCUUUGACUACGGUGUUGAUUCGCUUCAGGCCGUCGAGAUUCGAAACCGCGCUCUGAAGAAUAUGCGCAGUGAGAUUUCGGUCUUUGAUAUUCUCAGCGCCAUGCCGCUGGCUGAUGUAGCAGCCAAAAUUGCAGCCAAGAGUCAGUUGGUCAAUGUUACGAUAGGUGAAGAUGAUUAG